CACAGCAGGGGCCUUGGCAGCCUCCUCCUCUCUUCGUGGGUCAAGUGCAGGGAAGAGGAGGGAAGAGGAAAAAGGACAGCCCUGCCCCAGCUCAGAUCUGCAGCGCCCCUCCCCCAGCCCCAUAGCCUGCGGGGAUUGCUCCUGGCUAAAAGCAAGACUGACCCCUCCCGCUUCCUUUGGAAACAAAGAUUGUGAGCGGGAGAGCCCUUUGGCACGGGCAGACACCGGGCCACGGGGCGCAUGCCCCGGACACGUCCUGCGGGCACCGCUCUCUGGCUGGGCCACUGAACUUAGUCGAGAGCGCCGCUGGCCAAGUCCGCGAGACAGGUCUUACUUCCCGGGCCGCAGUGGCGACAGCCUCCAGGCCUCCCUGCAGCUCCCGCCGCUCCCCGGGAUUGUCCAGCCUGUUAAUUUCCUGCUCUGGUAAAUCCUCUCGCGAGCGUCUCUCCCCCUCCCUCCAGUCUCUGCCCCCUGCCGCCCCACACCGGGGUCUGGCCUCGCCGCUCUGCUUCGCGCCCGGGCGCACUCCCUCCCCGCCCCUGCCGCCCUCCUGCUCCCCGCACCCUGCCUCCGGGGCCCCUCUGCGCCGCCGCCAGCCUCACCCAGUCCCGGUCGCCGAGCCGCCCCGGGGCCCUGCCAUGCUUCCCCGCGCUGUCCCCCGCCGCCCCAAAGCGGUGCUCGCGCUCUGCAGCCUCCUGAUGCUGCUCGGGCCCGGGCUUGGCUGCCCCGCUGGCUGCGCCUGCACCGACCCGCACACCGUGGACUGCCGCGACCGCGGGCUGCCCAGCGUGCCCGACCCCUUCCCGCUGGACGUGCGCAAGCUACUGGUGGCCGGCAACCACAUCCAGCAGAUCCCCGAGGACUUCUUCAUCUUCUAUGGCGACCUGGUGUACCUAGACUUCAGGAACAACUCUCUGCGCUCACUGGAGGAGGGCACGUUCAGCGGCUCUGCCAAGCUCGCCUUCCUGGACCUCAGCUAUAACAACCUUACGCAGCUGGGCGCCGGGGCCUUUCGCUCCGCCGGGAGGCUGGUCAAGCUGAGCUUGGCCAACAACAACCUGGCGGGCGUGCACGAGGCCGCCUUCGAGACACUGGAGUCGCUGCAGGUUCUGGAGCUCAAUGACAACAACCUGCGCAGCCUCAGCGUGGCCAUCCUGGACGCGCUGCCCGCCCUGCGCACCCUGCGCCUGGACGGGAACCCCUGGCUGUGCGACUGUGACUUCGCCCACCUCUUCUCCUGGAUCCAGGAGAACCCGUCCAAACUGCCCAAAGGCCUGGAUGGGAUCCAGUGCUCCCUGCCCUCUGAGAGCCGGAGGGUGGCCCUGCAUGAGCUGUCUGAGGCCAGCUUCAGUGAGUGCAAGUUCACCCUGUCACUCACGGACCUGUUCAUCAUCAUCUUCUCAGGUGUUGCUGUCUCCAUUGCCGCCAUCAUCUCUAGCUUCUUCCUGGCCACCGUGGUACAGUGCUUCCAGAGGUGCACCCCCAACAAAGACACUGAGGAUGAGGAUGAGGAUGAGGAUGACUGAGCUCCUCUUCUGCUCGUUCCUCAUUGUCCUGUCCCCACCAAUGGUGCCUCUGUUAGAGAGGGAAACACAGAGAAGCAUCAGCCACUGCCAGUGAGUGGACAGAGCUUGCUCUGUUUCUGAGACCCCAGUGCCUGCUGGGAUCUGGACCUUAGAGUUCAGAAUCAGCAUUUUGGAGAAGCUCAGGAAAGAGGGAGGCAUGGUUCCUUAGCAGAGCCCACCCAGGCCAGAGAUGUGUUUCCUGGAGAAGGUGGCCAGGUCACCUCCAUAGCUACCUGCCGGAACCCUCCCACAGAGAUGUGGACUUGUGGCCUCCAACUGUAAGGAUGCUUGUGCUGGUCUUUUUCUGACCUGCACUGGAAGACCAUGAGCCAUCUCCUUCCUCCUGAGAGACAGCAGCUCAACAGCAGAGAUUCAUGGUCAAGUUCAGACCAUUCUCCAUGGGAGCAGGAAGUCUCCUCUUUAUAUAGUAGGCUCAGAACCUUGGGAUUUUAUACAAGAACAAAUAAAUUUAUGCUCAAUAGACAAUGUUUGUGUCCCCAACCCCCUGUGGGAUGGUAUUUUGAGGUGAGGCCUCUGGAAUGUGAUUACAGUACCCACAGGAAUGGGGUGAGUGUCUUUAGAUUCCAGAAAACCAGGGGCAGACACAGCAGGAAGCUGGCCAUCUCCGAACCAGGAAGGGACCCUCUAUAGAUCCCAGCUGUGCUGGGGCCUACCCUCUCACUCCCAGCCUCCAGAACUGUGAGAAAUAAAUGUCUAUUGUUUAUAAGCCAUGCAGCCUGUGAUAGUC